AGCUGACGGUAGAGGUUGAGCGACUGAAGAAAAGGCUCGUCGAGUUACGUGGCUACGGAAGGAAGCAUUCGCAGCACCCCAGCAACGUCGAAAUGCUCACGAUCCAGGAGAAACUGAGAAACAUAGAUGAACAUUUUUACAAAGAUCAUUCAAUAGAUCCCCGGAAACCGCUUACGAUCAGCGGAUUCCCAAUGCCACUGCAGUGCGAGGAGGAUGUGGAUCGUUUGGAGCUGAUGGUUAAUCGUAAUCCGAAAAUAAGAGCGCAAUAUAUUGAAUUCCUCCGUUGCAAGAAACCGUUUAGCUUAGAUAUUAGUGAAUGUAUUGGUAAAUUUUUUACCGGCGAAGCACUUGCCAAUUUUAGUUGGAAAUGCAUCAGAACUUCCGAUAAGGCUCGCAACGCGAUGACGGAUUAUCAUAUAUUUACCUCUUGUAUGCUGGAAGCAUGGGAAGCGCAAGGCAUAGACGAGACUAAACUUGGCGGCGAAUUACGGCGGGCGAUCACAAUACUCGCCAAGAGACGCUAUAUCGCCAACUAUCAUAAGCGGGAUCGCUAGCAAGUUUGCUAAAAUAGUCGAUUAUGCGUCACAAUAUGAUACUAUAAUUCAUGCACGUUUAACAACUUUUUUAUUUUAGGAGGAUUUUUAAUAAGGAUCUGUUUCGUUAUCCUCGAUGUAACAAGUAGAUCCUCCCAAAUAUGUUGAUAGCAUACAAUUGAGCGUGUUAAUAAUAUGAUCGAAUAAAUUAAUUUGUUUUUUCUCAGAACACAUAUAUAAAA